AUGCAGAUCAUAAACUGUCUCACUGUUGCGGUCACGCUUGGCUUCGCCAGCGCUACCCGUAGCUUCCAAAACGCUUCCAUUGACUAUCCAGAGUAUGGCUUCCCUCUGCUGCAGGAUGUCAAUAACACAGAGCUGUUGUUUCCUAUGCCAGCAUGCCACGGCUUCGUGAUAGCGGAGAAGAGCAUCGAGGAGCUUCAAGAGUACAUGAGCUCUGGAAAUCUCACAUCAGUUCAGCUCACGAGCUGCUAUCUGCAGAGAGUUUUCCAGACUCGCGACUACCUCAACACUAUCCUCGAGGUCAAUCCCGAUGUCUUCGAUAUCGCUGCAGCCAUGGAUGAGGAGCGCCGUCGUGGCAAGAUCCGUGGCCCUCUGCAUGGUAUCCCAUUUGCAGUCAAGGACAACAUUGCCACAAAAGACAAGAUGCAGACGACUGCUGGAUCAUGGGCACUGCAAGGAAACAUUGUACCUCGUGAUGCCUACGUGGUGAGCAACCUUCGUGCAGCCGGUGCCGUGCUGUUCGGCAAGGCCACUCUGUCCGAAUGGGCAGAUAUGCGUUCCAACUACUACUCGGAGGGAUACUCUGGUCGUGGCGGCCAAUGCAGAUCCGCAUACAACCUUACAGUCAACCCGGGAGGCAGCAGUUCUGGAAGUGGUGUUGGUGUUGCAGCCAACGUUUUCCCUUUUGCUCUCGGAACAGAGACCGACGGGUCUGUUAUCAACCCUGCUCAGCGCAACGCUAUUGUUGGUUUCAAACCGACCGUUGGACUGACUUCUCGCGGUGGCGUCAUCCCUGAGUCCCUGAACCAGGACACCGUUGGUGCUUUUGGCAAGACCGUUCGCGAUGUCACGUAUGUUCUCGAUGCCAUCUACGGUGUGGACAGCCAUGACAACCAGACCUCUGCCCAGAUUGGCAAGACACCCAAAGAUGGUUAUACACAAUUCUUGACCAACAGAACUGCACUCAAGGGAGCGACUUUCGGCAUCCCAUGGAACAGCUUCUGGGUCUAUGCAGAUGCUCACCAGCAAGAGGUCCUCCUUGACCUCGUCAGCUUGAUUGAGUCUGCCGGCGCCACCAUCGUCAACAAUACCGAGCUUCCCUAUUACAAGACCAUCGUUUCUCCCGACGGUUGGAACUGGGACUACGGCAGCACUCGUGGCUACCCCAAUGAGAGUGAGUAUACCUACAUCAAAGUCGACUUCUACAACAACAUCCGCACCUACCUAGCCGACCUCAACAACACCAACAUCCGCUCGCUCGAGGACCUCGUCCAAUUCAACUACGAUAACGACGGCACAGAGGGUGGCUACCCCUAUGCAAACGGCAGUGGUAUUCCUGCUUUCACCUCCGGUCAAGAUGGCUUCUUGGCCUCGCUAGCCACAAAGGGAGAGAUGAACGCAACUUACUGGUCAGCACUCAAUUACUGCCGCUACACCACCCGCGAAGCAGGUAUCGAUGCCGUGCUGGCCAUGGGACCCAACGGUACUCAACUCGAUGGUCUGUUGGUUCCUCCAGAUGUCGCACAGGCACCCCAGAUUGCUGCUCAGGCUGGCUAUCCCAUGUUGACCCUGCCUGCCGGUACCCAUGAGAACGGCAUGCCAUUUGGACUGGCACUCAUGCAGACUGCUUUUGCAGAGGACAAGCUUGUCAAGUGGGGAUCUGCUAUCGAGGAUUUGCAGUGGAGCUCAAAGACACCUCACCAGAGAACUCUGCCCCAAUGGCGUGAUUACUUGGUCAGAAACAUCCCUGUGACUUAG